AUGCCCCCAGUAGAGAACCGCUCGCCCCCGCUCGCGGAUCGCCCCCGACCGCAAGACGACGAUGACUUCGACCUGGAGGAGGAGAUGAGGAAGCUGCACCCCACCCGGCCCCCCCGCCAGCCGGAGCUGGAGCCUCGCAGCCGGAGGGGCUUGGUGGACCUGAGGGUCAGCGUGAUCCCGGAGGGGGGGGGCCCCGACAGCGAGGAGGAGAGCGACUCCGACGGCCCAAUCCUGUACCGAGAAGACGACGACGAAGAGGAGGACGACGAUGAGGAAGGGCCUCCAAGUGGUCUGGCGAGUCGUGUGAAGAGGAAGGACACGUUGGCGCUGAGGCUGGAGCGGCAGGAGCGAGAGGAGAACCAGGAGAACCAGGAGAACCAGGACAUAAGCUGGCAGAACCGAGAACAGUGGAUGGCCGUCAGGAACAAGAUCGGAUCCGCACUCACACGGCGGCUGAGUCAGAGGCCGUCAGCCGACGAGCUGGAGCAGAGGAACAUCCUUCAAGGUAACACACUGCGCCACACACUGCGUCACACACUCCGUCACACACUGCGUCACACACUACGUCACACACACUCCAUCACACACUCCUCCAUCACUCCUCCAUCAUACACUGCAUCACACACUGCGUCACACACUCCAUCCUAG